AGAUUCUGUCUCCCAUUCCACAUUUAUAAAUACUACCGUUGUGGUCUCAAUAUUCAAAUUAUUAUAAUUUAUACACAAAAAUGGAUUACAAGAAAGUUGUAGUAGAGAGUGAGAGAGAGCAUGAUGAAGAUGAAUACAUGCACAAAAUAUUAAUAGCAGCAGCUACAACUCUAGCAAUGGCAUGCCUUAAACGUAUCUUAGUUUUGUGUUUCAUAGAGCAAUGGCGCUCUAGGGUUUUUCUCGUUCUUAAUCUUCUUCUUUUCGCGAUCGUUUUCACCUCCGGAAAUAUUCGUUCAACCCGAAAUGUUCAAGAAAAUAGUGAUAAAUCACAAGUCAAGAUUCAAGAAAUCAAGAAACCAAGAAAAGAAUGUCAAAAGUUAAGCAAAAUUAGGGCAAAAGAGGCACAUGGUGACGUGGAACAACCAAAAAACAUUGAAGUUGAUUGUGAAGAACAAAAUAAGUUGUUGUCUAAGGAGGAGUUAAAUGAGAGAGUUGAAGCUUUCAUUGUAAUGUUUAGGCAGCAUUUGGUUUCUGAUGCAAGAAAUAGUAGAAUUCAAAGUGAAAAAAUAUUUAAUGUACAAAAUAAGGGGUCUAAUUUGACAAGUUAAAGAGUAAACCCAAGAGUGGGCUUAUAGUGUUUUGCUUUUAAUGGAAUUUUGGGUGUGAAA